GUAUACUCGCACCACUUGGAGCACAGAUUUAACGUCAAGGUAGGGAAGUGGAGGGAGCUCAGGCCACAUCAAUAAUGAUCCAGCCUAAAGUCCGACUCUUUCUUUGCGUGUUUUAACUGCCAACUGCCAACUCUGCUGGACUGUAAGUCAAGAUAACAGAAUGGCCAAACGGCCAGGAGCCGAUGAGAGUAUGUUACUUUCACCAACGCUCCUUCAAGACUUCAGCCAUGAAGCAAACGCCAGAGACGUUAAUGUGGAUUGCAUAGAUGGAGAAUUGUCUCUGGAAGAAAUUUUAACACUGUACGGCCAACCUAUAAAUGAAGAACAAGCAUGGGCGGUUUGUUAUCAGUGCUGCAGGUCUCUGGCGCAAAAACACAGGCGAAGAAAUUCAAAAUCAGCCGAAGCACCCACUGGGGACUAUAGUAGGAGGAUUGACGGCCCUGGCGAUGUUAGGAUUCUAAAAGAUGGUACCAUAAAAUUACAGCAUCAGAGCAAUCAAGAUACAUACCCACCGGCCAGCAGAUCAAUCGAGAUCAUCGAGUCCCUGGGCAUCAUGAUCUACAAGGCUCUGGACUAUGGCCUGAAGGAGAAUGAGGAGCGGGAGCUGAGUCCACCUCUUGAACGCCUCAUCGAUCUCAUGACCAACAUGGUCAACGACGAGGCAGAGAAAGACCCCUGCCCUGAUGAGGGCUACGAGGCCACUGAGGAAGAGGAUGAGGGGGAAGGAGAAGAAGGCCCAGACGUCUGCAACAUCCGAUGCUACCGUGACGUGUUGGAGCUGUGCACAUCCCAUAUGCCCAGUCCCUCCGACGCCCCCAACCACUACCAGGCCGUGUGCCGGGCUCUCUAUGCAGAGACCAAGGAGCUCCGCACCUUUCUGGAGAAGAUCAAGAGUGCCAAGGAGAAUCUGCGGCGGAUGGAGGGAGAUGCCCGAGAGGAGCCAGCCAAAGACCUGAAUGAGCUGCAGAAUGCUGACUGGGCUCGUUUCUGGGUGCAGGUGAUGCGUAGCCUGCGUGACGGGGUGAAGCUGAAGAAGGUUCAUGAGCGCCAGUACAACCCUCUGCCCAUCGAGUUCUCGCUCACGCCCUACGAGAUGCUCAUGGACGACAUCCGCUCCCAGCGCUACAAACUCCGCAAGGUCAUGGUGAAUGGAGACAUUCCGCCCAGGUUAAAAAAGAGUGCCCACGAGGUCAUUCUGGAGUUCAUCCGAUCUCGCCCGCCCCUUAACCCGGCCGCUUCACGCAAGCUAAAGCCCCACCCCCAGCGGCCCGUCAGUCUCCACGAGCGUCUCCUGGAGGGGAUCAAGUCUGAGAGGAAGCUGAGGCCCGUGUCUCCAGACAUGAUCCGCCGCAACAGGCUGGUAAUGCGACCGCUUAGCAUGUCGUUCAGUUUUGACUCUUCAGGAGCAGGCAAAAGCAUCAGCACUCCGCAAGAUUUGUACCGAAGCUCAGGUGUGACCCUGGAUGCCCCUAGGAAGAUGGCCAUCAGCACGCUGGCUCUGUCCAAUGGUAGCCAGGCAGCCUACAGCCCGGUCAAUGGACUGGGUGGGUCCCAGCAGUUAUCUCAGAGGAAGAGGUUGUUGAAGGCCCCUACGCUAGCCGAACUGGACAGCUCCGACUCCGAUGAUGAGCCGAGCCGCACGUCAGCCAGCAGCUCCAGUGUGUCCGCCUCCAUGAUGGAAGACACGUCACCGGAGUCCAACGCUGGGAAGAAGACUCCCCCCAGGUUCCUGCCCAUCUCCUCGACCCCCCAGCCAGACAGACGACCCGCACCCACCCAGCGAAGACACUCCAUCGAGAAGGAGACUCCCACCAGCGUUCGGCCAUUUGUGCCCCCUUCUCGACAGAGCUCCAAGUCCUUGCUGUCCUCGGAUGCUCCAAAGGGGGAAGGACCCAGCUGUUCCCGAGCGGAGGAGUUCUGCUAUCCUGUGGAGUGCCUGGCCUUGACUGUGGAAGAAGUCAUGCAUAUCAGACAGGUUCUGGUCAAGGCUGAGAUGGAGAAGUUCCAGCAGUACAAAGACGUCUACACCGCCCUAAAGAAGGGGAAGCUCUGCUUCUCCUGUCGAACCAAGAAGUUCUCCUUCUUCACCUGGGCCUACAACUGUCAGUUCUGCAAGAGACCUGUGUGUUCUCAGUGUUGUAAGAAGAUGAGGCUUCCAUCUAAGCCCUACGCCAGCCUGCCCAUCUACUCCCUGGACUCCCCGGCCCUACCCAAGGAGGAGGCAGCAGCAGCCCCGGCCCCAACCCCAACCCCGGCCCCAGCCAAGCCAGAGAAGCCCUCCCCCAGCCACCGCCGUCACAGCUUUCACCGCAGGUCAUCGAAGCGCGGGGAACACUCGUCCUCCAGAGAUGAGGUGGAGCUGCCCAAGGAGCUGACGGAGGACUGGAGCACCAUGGACGUGUGCAUCGACUGCAAGAAGUUCAUCCACGACAUCAUUUCCUCCAGCAAGCGCAGCCUGUCUCUGGCCACCAAGCGCAACCGUCUCAAGAGGAAGACGCAGUCCUUCUACCUGUCCUCCCCCAAGGGGGCAGACUUCCACCCCACAGAGAGGACUAUCAAAGAGGUUUGAGGGAGAGAACUCCUCCCCGGCCUCGCCACACACACACACACACACACACACACACACACAUUGAUGGCCAUUUUAGACUGAUCGCAGUAUAUAUAUAUAUCGGGGCUGUUCUGUCCUUGAUUGAUUAGUCGUGUCUCUCUGCUCUCCUGCUUAUUGUCUCCCAUGGCGACGCUUCAGUGCGAGUUCCUGUUGGUAUUAAAAUGGUGGUGGGAUGUGCCUGAUGGAGGGGACCGAGGUGUGUGUGUGUGUGUGUGUGUGUGUGUGUGUGUGUGUGUGUGUGUGUGUGUGUGCCCAAGUCAAGAAGGCUUUCAGUGGACUGUCCUCUGGAACAAGGACCAGAAUGGCCGACCAUAUUGAGAGAGAAUGGCCGCAUCUUUUACUUCUGUAAAUACUUCCUUUAGCCCAACCCACCCCCUGCCUACCCCUUUACCCUUCCGUCUCUCUCCCUCCCUCCCUCCCUCAUCAGAUCAAAGUGCCAGGGCUGACCCAAUGAACCAGCCUGUAUUUGAAUGAGAUGUCCCACCUUGAGCAUGGGGUCCUCAGCAUCUCCCCCCCCUCCCCUCCCCUCUUUGUCUCAGGUAACUUUUGGUUUGGUCAGAAGCCAAAGUCGUGGACUCUAGUAGCUCUUCCCAAAUGUCCCCGACGCCACCCCAUGCCAGCAAACCCCACGUGCAGGACCUCCAUGACUCUACUGAAUGGGAGGACUGUGAGAGAAUCACUACAGAACGACAGGAGCCUUUUCUAGAGAAAUGGGAUCACAGAGGUUCAGAUGGAAGAUGUUUAAGGCUGAGGAGCGUGUUUAACUGCACUAGGCCUGAGAAUGUAUAUUUUUCUAAUGGGACCAUUUUGAUGGUAACUUUACUAGUGUGUGUAUAUAUACGUACAUAUGUAUAUAUAUAUAUAUAUAUACUAGUCAGGACCUUAACUCUACAUAAGCAUCUACUUCCUUUUGUCAGGGAGGAUGGAUGAGUGGUGCAUGUCCAUGGUAGAUGUAUUAGUCAGGUGGGACAGGUACUGUCUCUCUCCACACACCCCUCUUCUACCCAAUUAGGGUGAAGUUCGACCAAAUAUUAAUUCAGAUUUUCCCCCUCUUUGAUUGUCAUGAUUGCUGCUUGAUUUAUCAUGUAAUUUACAGAAAACUACGGAUAUGUGUUGAUCUCAGAUUUCACUGGCUGAAUUGAAAUGUCAUCCAGAUUUCUAUGUGUAUAUUAUAUAUAGUUUUUUUUUUUUUUUUUUUUUUAGAUUUUGAUUGAAGAGAUGUCUUUUUCUUUUUAAAGACAGGUUUUCUGUCACACUUAUAGCACGCAUCUGUUUCUUAAAAAGGUUGCCUGGUGCCAAAAGUUCUGUUCACAUACUGAAAAGUAUAUGUUUUGGGCCUGUUUUGUAAAUAGUUCAAACACUUUCUUAAGUUAUACAAGUGGACUUUUUUUCGGGUUCAUCUGUCUGUUAGGUCACUAAUGUCCAGAUCACUCAUCACAAAUGAUCUGUACUUCUAACAUUCAAAUAUGGAUUAUAGUAAUAAUGAGUAUAUUAUCUUAAUAUUAUUUGUAUCAAUAUGUUCAUUGAAGUAAUUGAUGCUGUCUUUCAUUUUUAAGUAAUGCACUAUUUUUGCCAGAAUAUUAAUCAUACAGCAUUUUUACAGGAGAGCAAAACAUAUAGUUAAUUUUUAAAUGUAAAGUCAUCCGGUUUUCCUUCUUGUUUUAUAUUUUGAGGUCAAACUGGUCAAUAGUGCCAUUAGAUAGAUUCAGACGCCUCUUUCCACUCACAGGCCCCGUCUGCUGUCUGCAAAAAGUCAACUUUUGGUUUUAAUGGGUCCAAACGAAUCGUAAAAAUACUGCCUGUAAUUUGUUAGUGAACAGGAAGCCUUGUGUGGUCCCUCAUGGUUUGAAAAAUGAGAAUGAGGUUUAAAAUGUUUGUAAAUCCACAUUGACUACCUGUAAUGAAUCAAUAAUUUAUGUGCAUGAUAAAAAUGUGUCUAUCUUUUUUUUAAUUGGAAAAAUAAAAUAAAACAUUGAGAGUAGUGUUGAAAUUUGAAA